CCCGCCCCCUCAAAGUGUCGGUCUGCAGAGACACAGACUUGAACUUUAGCAGCAGUUGAGAUUAAAAGACGAGGAAGUCAAGGCAGAAUGGGGAACUGGUUUUCGGCUGCGUCUCCGGAAACGUCACGGCAUGCUGAAACUCAGAGGGAAGCAGGAAGCUCGACAGUCAGCGCCCACAGCGGGGGUGUGGUCAACACACCUCGGCUCUCUGGUGUUCAUGUGGGAGGGAAUAUAAACAUCAACACAUAUGUCCAACAACCUGCCAGCACAGAACAGACUCACCACAUUUCUCCCACAACCGAAGAUCUACAUCAAGACCGUCAGAGGGAGUCGCCACAGAAGAGGUUGUUGUCAGUUCGGGCACAGUUUGUUAAUUCAGCGUCUGAACCUGUUCUAAAGCAGCUGCUGGAUGAACUUUUUCAAAAGAAAAUCAUAACUCAAGAAGAAAUGGAUACGGCCAGAACUAAAACCAAGGCUGAGAUGGCUCGAGAUGUGAUUGACAUGGUGCGAAACAAAGGACCAGAAGCCAGUUUGUUCCUGAUCGAGGUCCUCAGAGGGCUGGAUCCAUACCUCGCUGAAACUCUGGGCCUGAGCUGAAGUGGAAAUGAGAGUAUGAGAGUAAAGCUUUGUUUGACUUUGGUUGGGGGACCAGGGAGGAAAAGUCAGUUUGAUUUUUUUAUGUUGCGCUCCUGCCCCCCUAAACUGGGACGUAACAGUCCUCUUAAGAUUAAUUUGGCCACAGUAACAGUUCAAAUGUAGUAGAAUUGAGUUUGUUUUACAGAAAAUUAAAAAAAUUCUGAUUCAUUUUUUAAUUUUAUUUGAUAAAUUCAGGAAGUAUCAAAUCAAAACAUCCACAGAGCGACCAGAUUGAUCAUAUACCUUUCCACUACCCUACCUUAACCCCAUGAGCUAUGAAUCCAGGUGAAUUCUGCUAUAAUACAAAU